AUCAAGAUCUAGAAGCAAUAAGUCGAAAUGGCAGAUGCAGUACAAGCUACCCCGGCCAAGAAGGCCAGCCCAAAGAAGAGGGCAAGCAAGCCAAAGAAGCCUGCAGCCCACCCAACCUACAUUGAGAUGAUCAGGGCAGCCAUCACCGCUUUGAAGGAGCGUGGAGGUUCUUCUCGCCAGGCCAUCCUCAAGUACAUCCUUAAGACCUACAAUGUUGGCAAGAACACUACCAUGGUAAACGCCCAGCUGAGACUGGCCCUGAAGCGUGGUGUCGCCAGCGGUGCUCUGAAGCAGGCCAAAGGAACCGGUGCAUCUGGAUCCUUCAGAGUUGGUGCCGUGAAAGUGAAGAAGGCAAAGAAACCCAAGAAGGCAAAGAAGGCCAAGAAGCCCAAGGCCAAGAAGGCCAAGAAGCCCAAAGCCAAGAAGGCAAAGAAGCCCAAGGCCAAGAAGGCAAAGAAACCCAAGGCAGCUAAACCCAAGGCAGCCAAGCCAAAGGCCGCCAAGAAGCCAAAGGCAGCCAAGAAGCCAAAGAAGGCCGCGCCCAAAAAGUAGACUUUGUAACAAAGCUAUAGACUUUAAAAAUAUUAUUUAUUGACUUUGAUCGGUACUUAAAGUAUUGGUCCGUAUUCCGUCCAUCAGUGGUCGUAAGAUCUCCAGUCAGUUAUGACUUCUCUAUUGAGAACGAUACUUGAACCGGCUAGUUCGGUACUUUUUAAAAAUAAUUUUUCAACUUUCCAACUGGUUGGAAAUUGAAUUGCUAGGCAAACAAGUACUCUUUUUCUCUAGGCAGAUCAAAAACUUUCAGAGAAAUCCGAAGGUUUUGAACCUGUUAAAUGGUUAAGUUUGUACGUUAUUCAGACGGCCUUAAAAGUUCAGAUGAAUCUCUAUUCUCAGGUGUGUCAAAUAUCUUUAUAUGUUAACGUAAUAUAUAAAAAAAUAUUUAUAAAAAUUUAAUAAACAUUUAUAUAUA